AUGUCUUCCGCGUCGGAGAGUCAAGCGAGCCUGCUGCUCAAGAAGCAGCUCAAAGAAUUGAUGAAGAACCCCGUGGACGGCUUCUCUGCGGGGCUCCAGGACGACAAUAUCUUUAUCUGGGAGGUCUGCAUCAUCGGUCCGCCGGGAACUUUGUACGAGGGCGGCUUCUUCAACGCCAUCAUGAAGUUCCCCGAGGACUACCCGAACCAGCCACCAACGGUGCGGUUCACGAGCGAAAUGUGGCACCCCAACGUGUACAAGGACGGGCGAGUGUGCAUCUCCAUCUUGCAUCCACCGGGCGACGACCCCCACGGCUACGAGGACGCGGGGGAGCGGUGGCUGCCCAUCCACACGGUGGAGUCGAUCCUGCUGUCGAUCAUUUCCAUGCUGUCGGGCCCGAACGACGAGUCCCCGGCGAACAUCGACGCGGCGAAGGAGUGGCGUGAGGCCCGCGAGGACUUCAAGAAGAAGGUCGCGCGCAUCGUGCGGAAGAGCCAGGAGAUGCUCUAG